AUGUCAGUGCAAAUCCCAGGAAAGUUCGCUUACGGUACCAUGUCCAUGACAUGGACUCCAGAGCCCAUCUCUCAAGAACAAGCGUUCGAGUGCUUGAAACAUGCCAUUGAGAAGCACAACACUCAGCUUAUCGUUGGAGGUGAGUUCUACGGUCCUAACGAUAUCAACAUGAAGAUGAAGGAGGAGUUCUGGAAGAGGUAUGGCUCGAACUACCCAGACUUGGUGGUUUCCAUGAAGGGAGGGUUCAACUUGGAGAAGUUUGCUCCAGACGGAUCCAAGGAGUCUGUUUCCAAGUCAAUUGAGAAGCUUGCUUCUUACUUCCCUAAGGAUAAGGCCAAGAGACCCAAGUUGAUCUUUGAGGUUGCCAGAGUUGACCCUAACACUCCAUAUGAGAAGACUGUGGGCUACAUCAACGAGUUUGUUGAAAAGGGUAUCAUUGAUGGUAUUUCUCUUUCGGAAGUCGGUGUAGGCUCUAUCCAGAAGGCUCUUUCGGUUGCUCCAGUGUCUGUUGUGGAGGUUGAGUUCCACUUGAUGUGCCAGGAUAUUCUCCACAAUGGUGUUUUGGCUGAGUUAAGUAAACACAACAUCCCAGUGAUUGCCUACUCGCCAUUGAACCGUGGUUUCCUCACCGAAUUUGCCGCUAACGACCUUGAUGGUUACUUCAAGAUGUGCAACAGACCAGGCGAUAUCAGAGGUGGUUUGGGUAAAUUCUCUGGCGACAACUUUUGGCACAACGCCAAGUUGGUCAAGGCCUUGCAGGAAUAUGCCCACAAGAAAAACACUACCUUGGAGUCCCUUGCCUUGCUGUGGAUCUCUUCUGUCGGCGGGACCGAGAACUUCUAUGGCAUCAGCAAGAUCCCUAAGAUCUUACCAAUCACUUCUGGUACUACUGUGCUGAAGAUCGACCGUAACUUGGGUGCUCCAGUGGACUUGACCAAGGCCGACUUGGAGGAGAUCAAGAAGAUCUGCGAUGCCAACCCUAUCAAGGGUUACCGUUACACUGCUGAGGCAGAGGGCCUUAACUUUGCCUAA